CGCAGACGACCUCCCUCAAAAGAGCUGCAACCCAACCUACCGUCACGCCACACCCUCAAUCCAUCCACGUCCCUCUGUGAUUACCCAAACAUCGACAAUCUAUGGUGCAUAUGUAUAAGUAAUUAUGAAGUUCUUCGAGAAUGUCUAUACUUACGAUUAUUCCUUCCCGGCCGUUUCUCUCGCCUACUUCCUUCGCUACCCAAACCCUUACUCGCGCCAUGUACUGACUACCGAUGUUAUUGAUCGCUACGUCGACCCGAAAACGCAUCGUCUUCACACGACGCGGAUUCACUUGAAAAAGUCCAAAGUCCCGUCCGGUAUCCUCAAGCUUCUGCCAAAGGGUAUAGGAGGUUCCGACAACUCCGGUCAAAGCUACAUUCUGGAGACGACCGUUGUCGAUGUCAAAGAAGGCUGGAUGGAGUCCGAAUCUCGUAACAUGGAGUGGACUGGGAUACUUAGCGUCGUGGAGAAGCAAGUUUAUCGUCGUCAGCUUCUCGAGGGUGCGCUGGAGAAUCUUGAGGGACUAUCUCUGGACGACAAGCGCAGUGAGCAAACCACGGUUAAGACGACCGUCACAUUCCGCUCCCGUUUCGGGCAGGGAAAGCUCCUCGGCCGUAAAAAGGCAGAGCCAGCUGGAGAGCACCAUGGAGACUUCGAGGAGGAAGCGCCUAAGAGAGGUUUCUUUUCGUCGCUGUCUACGGCCGGCAUUCAACGAACCAUCGAGCUCAUCGGGUUGAACCGCACCCGGGAUGCCAUUAUUACGAGCAAACAAGGUAUGAAUGUUGUCCUGGAGCGACUGCGCAGUGGUGGAAUCGUCGGCGUUCUCGAGGGAAUGCGCCAGGACCGGGAGGCGGCUGUUCUCGGCGCAGAGGGGCCUUGGAAGCGUGUUUGGCUAAGAGGAAACGGUCACGGAAGCCAUCUCUCUGAGGGCGACGACAACUGACCCGAUCUGAGAUUUGGUUCGGCAAAAUUCACAUCUAGCAAUCGAUGCGGCAUUCAAGCGUGGAGCAUUGGCGUUUGGGGUUUUCUUUUCUUUUUUUUUUUUUGGUUGACACUCUCCUACCAUCUCGACAUAUUAUUCAUCUACGAUU